CCUGGCCAAACUCAGAGGUAAGAUGACAUUGUAAAAGCCACUUUCAUCUCCAGAAAGACUAAGCCUUGGGAAGCUCAACAGGAAAAGUCCCCCUUGGUUCUGGAUCUGACUUCUACGUCCUGGAAAGAAGGCAGUCAUGAAGGUCCUGGUGCUAGUUACUCUUGCUGUAAACAUCUGGUCUUGUUCAGGUUUCCCUGUGUAUGACUAUGAUCCAGCCAUGAUGAGGGAAGCUCUCAGGGCCUCGGUUGAAAAAGUGAACUCCCAGUCUCAAAGCCCAAAUUUGUUCCGGGCAUACAAGGGCUCAGUUAAGAGAGUCAACUUCGUGAAUGAGAAUGAUUUGAUCAUGGACAUAGACUUCAGGAUCCGAGAGACUGAAUGUAGGAAAGAGUCCGGAAACCCUCCGAGUACCUGCGACUUCAAAAUGGGCUAUUACGUGCCAACAGCAUCCUGCAGAAGCACCGUAGAGAUCUCCACUGAGCAGGUGCAGAGCGUGUGGGUCCGCUGCCACCGUCCCUUCCCCACCUCUGAUUCCAGUAGCAGUGAAGAGAUUUUUGGGAGCAGACUGGGAUCAUACAACUGGAGAAGCUAUUACAUGAGAGAUCUAGACAGCGAUGAGUCCAGAAGUGGGCCACUUUAUCAGAGGUCUUUGGGCAUAAGGAAUAUGGAGGUGUUUCCGCCCCGAAGCAGAAGACGCCAGAAUGAGUGGAAUCAAUACAGUGUCUUUGAAUAGCCGUGGUGAGUGAAAUGGUCGCAGCAGGACCCGAUGCCAAGAAGGACGAAGGCAGCACAAAGCGUUCACCCCUGGGGUUCAGUCUUGUUGCCUAUGUUCUUGUGGUUUUUAUCACCUCCCUUCUACAAUAAAACCUUGCUCCUCCA